AUGACUAAAGAAGAACAUUCAGAUGAUCAAGAAUAUGCCCCUAAAUUGUCCGUAGAGCACCGAGAGUAUCUUCUCGGCAAACAUGGCCGAUUUGAUCUUGAUCCGCUUCCAAGUGUAAACGAUGAGGAUCCCUUAAACUGGCCACUUCUUCUCAAAUCUGCUCAACUAGCGAUGGUUGCAUUUCAUGCCUUCACUUGUACAUUUAUGGCCGCAGGUUUAAUUCCCUCAUUUGCGUUAUUGGCAGCUGAAUUUGAUAUAACCAUCACUCAAUGUUCAUAUUUAACCCUGGCUCAGAUCAUAGUGUUGGGGGUAUUCCCCUUUGUCUGGAUGCCCGUCAUGAAUCGAUAUGGUAGAUUACAACUUCUUUUAUUGUCAACCUUGGGGUCUAUGGUGUGUAACAUUGGCUGUAUGUAUGCGAAAAGCUACGCCAGUCUUAUGACGUGUAGAGUCUUAGGGGCAUUUAUGAUUUCCCCAGCUGUGGCUGUGGGUGGACCAGUGGUUGCAGAAGUAAGUUUCAGUUACCAGAGAGGUUCUAGAACCGGAUGGUGGGCCGUGAUGAUUACUAUAGGAACCCAUUUCGGACCAUUUUUAAUGGGAUUUGUCGAAAAGCAAACUGGAGAAACUAAAAAUGUGUUUUUAAUAUUUGCAGUGAUGAAUGCUGUGCAAUUCUUGGCAUAUUUAAUCAUUGGAAGAGAAACUGUCUACGAUCAAUCUGUAUGGUAUCCUGGAAUCAAUAAACUUUGGAAAAUUACCAAGAAACGUACUAUGCAACCAUUGUCAUGGUAUGUUUUCCUUCUGCCAUUGGAAUGUUUCCUUUUACCAAAAGUUUUACUUGCAACUAUUGCUUACUCUGUAUGUUUUGCCUAUUCCAAUGUGGCAUUAGGGGUCGAACUUACUGGCUUAUAUCAUGAGAAAUAUGGGUUUGAUCCACAACAAAUUGGAUUGCAAUUCGUAGGAUUGAUUUUAGGCGCAUUAUUUGGUGAGCAAUUGGGAGGAUGGAUGUCUGACUUGUGGAUGUCAAGAAAAAUUAAUAGAGAUACCAAUAUGAUAACGAAAUGUAGUGGCGAACCCCCAGAAUAUCGUCUUUGGCUCAGUUAUAUUGGUUUCGCGGGAUGUGUCGUUGGUACUGUGGUCUAUGGAGUCUUCCUUGAAAGAAACUCUGAAUGGACCAUUGUACCGGUAGUUGGUCUUGCCAUUGCUCUGUUUGGGUUACAGAUCAUUACAACUGUUUUGAUUACCUAUUGUAUUGAUACAAUUCCCGCAAAAGCAUCUGAUGUUUCACUAUUCAUAACACUCUUGAGACAGGUCUACGGGUUCAUUGGACCCUUCUACUUCCCAGUGAUGCUUGAGAAUCCAAACUUAGGUAUCAAGGGGACAUACAGCUUAUUAGCCGGACUCAUGGUUGUCUUUGGGUUUGUUCCAACGCUAAUAUUGCAUAUAUUCCAACGAAAAGCUCCAAAAUCAUAG